AUGCUGCUGAGACACAUUGACAACGUCGAAGAACGCUUCGACCAGGUACUGCAGCGCUUGCGCGAUGGGGUGCGCCGCCGCGACGCCAUCCUCAGCGACAUCCGCCAGUCUAUUCAUGCCGACGGCGAGCUUCACACGUCUCUGCGUGAGAUCAGCAACGUGCAGUACCGGCUCAUGCCACAGUACGUCCACCGCAGCGCGACACUGGCGCGCACCGUCGUGGCGAACGCGUCGCUGGCAGAACGCAGCUCAAAGCGUGUGCGGCGGCUUGACGCGCUGCUACAACGCGUGCAGGAGACGAGUGCCAUCGUGGACGCCAUGAAGGCCAUGGAGAACGACGUGGCGCAGGUGUCGUCUGUCCUGGCGUCGGGAGACAUCGAGGCCACACUGCUACUCCUGCGCUCGUACGAGGAAGCGCAGCGCGUCCUGGCCUCAGUCUCUCCGGCCACUGCCGCUGAGGAUGAGGCCUUCUCGUCCACAGCAGCGGCAGCGGCAGCGGCGGUGUCGAACGCGGCACCCAACAGCGACGUCAUGCGGAACGUUCGAGCAACUGUGCAGGCGCGCCUGCUCACAAUGAUUGAGGAAGCCGUACAGGUGAACGACAAGCUGACCAUCAUGAAAGGGACACGGCUGCUCGCGGAGCUGGGCGAAGGUACAACGGCGUCGCGGCUGUACAGCGACUGGAUCGCUGACCACACCAUUGCCGCGCUGGCAAAGCUCAUCGACAGCGAAAUGGAAAAGAUGGAGGACCCAGCGAGGGUGGCCAUGACGCACCUCGCACUCGUCUCGCAGUGCCUCGACAACGUCGCCGCCGCGUUCGAGAAUGACGAGGAGUUCACGUGUGAGGCCUUUGGCCCACAGGGACCGCUGGCCCUUCUGACAAAGCUGCACAGCCGCGCCACUGCACGAUGUGUGCCGGUGCUGAGUGACUUUAUCGAGCGCCGCAAGGACGUACUGGCCCAGCUGGAGAAGCACGUUUCAGCCGGCGAUGGUGCCAGCGCCGCUGGCACCAUCUCUAGUGGAGCUCUUCGUGCGUCGCCCCCGCCCAUGAGCGCUACUGCUGGCGCCAACGAUAAUGCGGUGGUUGCCAGUGCCCGACGCGCUGACCAGAUUCUAGAGGAGAUCAGCCACAUGGUGUCGUGCGGCUACAUCUACCUCUCCUUCGUGGAGCGCAAGCAAACGGAGUACGAGAAGCGGAUGAAGUCAGCAGGUGCGGCGAUAGCGACGGAGAGCAACAAGGCCGAGUCAACCUCGGCAGCCACCGCUGGCGAGGUGGUCGUGGGCAGCACUGCCGACAACCUCUGGCGCACCAGUGACAACGCCCUCCUCAACUCCAUGCAGGAGAUUCUUGCCUUCUAUGUGCCCCUGCAGAACACGUACUUCACAAUCGCGUACGACCAGGCGGUCGACCUGCAGCUGCGCGCGAUCCGUGACGCGACCAAGGAAGCGGCAGCGGCGACGGCGCGUGCCGGUGGAGGUACCUUCCAUGCUGAAGCAGGAGCAGGACACACCAAUGCGCCUGCAGCAGCGGUUUUCGCGCCAUCAGCAGCGACCUUCAUGUCGGGGCUGCAAAAUCUCUACUCGGUUGCCGCCAGCAGUGCCGACGAGCUCAUCACCUCCGUCGGCGGCGGCGGCGGUGGCGUUGCGGCAGGAGCUUCGGAAGAGCUUGCGUCGCUCUGGUAUUUCACCCAUAAUGGGCAAGUCACGCUGCCGGAUGACGUCUUCUUCGUGCUGCGUCUGGCCAUUCAUCGUGCCAUGAACACCAAGUCAGCGCAAAUCUGCUCCGCUGCUGUGAUGUCCGCCAUGGACGUGGUGCAGUUGCGGCUCCUGCCAGAGAUAGAGUCGCACAUGGUGAUUGUGUCCACAGGCAGUCACGGUGGUGCCAGCAGCGCGACGUCCAACUCGUCUGCUGCCGGGGGUCGGCGACAGGCAGGUGCAGCACCGCACGGCGGCUUCCUGACACCCGAGGAACUGCACUGGGCCGGUGCGGCGGAGCGGACCGCGACGUACCUGUGCCGCAUGGGCGAUGAACUGCAGCAGCUGUGCGAGACAACCUUCUCCGCGACUCCGCAUAAUGUGACGCGCUUCCGCGAACUUGCCGGAAACAUGCGGGAGCUGGGAACAACGCUUCAAGACAAGCAAAUCCACGACUGGCUUGACACCUUCGCGGACGUAUGCUGCGACAGCGUGCUGCCACCGCACAUGGAACGCUUUGCUGCCGUCUCGUAUGACAUGAAGGAGGAGGUGUACUACCACUACGAGCUCAACGACGUGUGGGUGCAGGCGUGCUUAGUAGACCUCGACGCCGGACUUCAGUACCUCCAUCAGCACCUGGCAGGCACGAAGCUCUUCGACGUGCUGCUUACGGCGAUUGCGCGGCGGGCGGCGACGGGAACAAGCCGCGUGCUGCUCCGUAAGCGAUUUAGUCUCUUUGGUGCACUGCAGGUGGACAAGGACGUGCGUGCGCUGCGCAGCUUCUUUGUAGCGCACGCACAGAACGAUCUGACCCCACUCCGCGAUGCCUUUUCGGUGCUCAGCUUGAUGGCAACGCUUCUGCUCUCCGACAAGCCAACGGACGCACUGGAAGAGGCAGCCAACAUGGCGCUGACAGCGGAGGAGAAGAAGAAGGUGUUGUUGACGCGCGUCGAGUUCCGCAGGGAGGCGGUGAUGGCGCUUCCACUGUGA